GCAAUAAUCACCAACUGGUAAUUGGAUUUUUUUCACAAUUUUCAUGUUGAAGAGAUUGGGAAGUAUAGUACAACAUUCCUAUUCAAUCUCAAUACAUAAAGUAUCAAAUAUAACUAUAAAUUCAAGAACAAUCAUGACUACAUCUAAAGUUUCUAAAUCAUUAGAUCCAGCAUCCUUACAUAAUCCAUACUUCUUUCAAAAGCCAGGACAAAAGGAUAUUUGGUCUUUAAUUAAUGAAACUGCCGCACAAGCUCAACAAGAAUCUGGUAAACCAAUUGUAAAUUUAGGUCAAGGAUUUUUUUCUUAUAAUCCACCUGAUUUUGCAAUUAAUGCAGUAGGUGAAGCAUUAACAAAACCUCAAUUUAAUCAAUAUGCUCAUGCAAGAGGUAAUCCAAAUUUAAUUGUAGAAAUUGCUAAACAUUAUUCAAAAGCUUUUGGUAGACCAGUAGAUGAAUCAGAAAUUCAAAUUACUACUGGAGCUAAUGAAGGUAUAUUUUCAAUCUUUUUUGGAUUCUUAACUCCUGGUGAUGAAGUUAUUGUAUUUGAACCAUUCUUUGAUCAAUAUAUUCCAAAUAUUGAAAUGACUGGUGCAAAAGUUAAAUAUGUUGAAAUUAAAUAUCCUCAAAAAUUUGAUAAUCAAACUGUUUCUGGUGAUGAUUGGGAAGUUGAUUGGGAAGGUUUAGAAAAUUCAAUUACUGAUAAAACUAAAAUUAUUGUUCUUAAUACUCCUCAUAAUCCAAUUGGUAAAGUAUUUACUGAAGAUGAAUUAUAUAGACUUGGUAAAUUAGCCAUUGAACAUAAUAUUAUUAUUGUUAGUGAUGAAGUUUAUGAAAAUCUUUAUUUUACAAAGACUUUCCCAAGACCUGCUGCUUUAGCUAAAUUACCUGAAUUAGCAGAAAGAACUUUAACAGUAGGAUCUGCAGGUAAAUCCUUUGCUGCCACUGGUUGGAGAGUUGGAUUUAUUCAUGGACCUGCUAGUUUAAUUAAAUUUGUAACUGCUGCUCAUACUAGAAUUUGUUUUUCGACUCCUGCUCCUUUACAACAAGCUGUUUCUCAAGGUUUUAUUGAAGCAGGAAAGAAUGAUUACUUUAACAAAGUUAGAGAUGAUUAUAUCCAUAAAUAUAAGAUUUUUACUAAAGUAUUUGAUGAAUUAGGUUUACCUUAUACUAUUGCUCAAGGUGGUUAUUUCUUAUUAGUUAAUUUACUGAAAGUUAAAGUACCAGAAGAUUAUGAUUUCCCACUUUCAAUUUCUGCUAGAGGUACUUUAGACUUUAAAUUAGCUUAUUGGUUAAUUAAAGAAAUUGGAGUUGUUGGUAUUCCACCAACUGAAUUCUUAAUUCCAUCAAACAGAAAGGGUAAUGGUUUAGAAAAAACUCUUAGAUUUGCUGUAUGUAAAGAUGAUGCUAUCUUAGAAGAUGCAGUCAAUAGAUUAAGACAAUUAAAAGAUUAUAUAUAGAUUAGAAGAUCAUUAAAAGAAGU